AUGGCCAUUACGCAUCUCUCUCCCCGCCAUGAUAUGGGCGGCAUGGAUAUGGGGAGCAUGGGCUCCGGGAGCGGCGUGCCUGGGUAUUUCUACAUGCAAAAAAUGUUCUGGGCGGUAAUUGGAACUGCGAUUGGAGUGGCCGCCCUCUGCAACCUGCUCAACCACAUUCUGCUCUGGCAGCGACAACGAAGUUUGAGUGCGAAACCCAAGUCGUUCCUCUGGUCAUCUUAUGCCACACUGACAGCGGUGGCCCGGGAGAUCAGCUCCGCUUCAUUGCCAGCAUACCAACUCAAAUGGCUGAAAUUCCGCGCGCCUUCCUUGGGCAAGACGAUUAUGGUUCUCUCAUACCUUAUUACCGUCAUUGUGUUCUGCUUUUACAAAUACGACACAGAGGACCAGUGGAGCUGGGAGAACAUUGCUUAUCGGUGUGGGUGCAUCGCUCAAGCUCAGCUUCCUCUUGUCUUCCUCCUUGCCGGCAAACAAAACAUUGUUGGCUUCCUUUCAGGUAUCAGUUAUGAACGGCUGAAUUGGUUGCACCGCUGGGUGGCCCGUAUUCUAUGGUUGACGGCCACAUUUCACUUGAUGUUCUGGUUCAGGAGUUGGGCAAGAUAUGACUACAUCAAGGUGAAAUUGACCACCGACUCCAUGACGCAGACUGGGUUUGCUGCGUGGUGCAUUCUGACCGCCCUUGUGGCCACGUCAUUUGCUCCAAUGCGACGGGUGAAUUAUGAAGUAUUCGUCGUUGCACAUCUGGUCCUUUUUGCAGGGUUCAUUGGAGCUGUUAUGCUCCACGUCGACUACGGGAAGACCUACGUCUGGGUUUGUGUGGCGUUGUUCUUUUUCGACCGAGUUGCGCGAUUCCUGGUCACACUCGUGGCCAACUUGUCGAUUUUCCACCGUCGUGUGCCAGGCAGGAGCCUCUUCUGGGCAAACAAGGCCGUCUUGACACCGUUACCUGGAAAUGUGACCCGGAUCACUAUUGACAAGCCGGUAUUGCGAUGGAGUCCUGGUCAGCAUGUUUUUCUGUCAUGUCACACCGUGGUUCCUUUGCAGAGCCAUCCUUUCAGCAUCGCUUCAUUGGAGUCGGAUGGAAAAUUGGAAUUUCUGGUCCAAGCUCAGAAAGGGGGCACAAAACGUCUGCAUCGAUAUGCGCUGAGAAAUCUCGGUCUGCCGCGGUCUGAGGAUGUAGCAGACGUGAAAUAUAAACUGGUGGGGGUCGAAGGGCCCUAUGGGAAGAUCCGACCGCUACGGCAGUUUGACAGCAUUUGCUUCUUCGCCGGGGGCACUGGCGCAACAUUUACCGUCCCUCUAAUGCGAGAUAUUGUACGGAGGUGGAAGUCCAGCGUUGAUGGCGCGUCUGGUAUCGUGACACGGAAGAUCCGUUUUGUUUGGGUAGUCAAGUCCCAGGAUCGAGUGGGAUGGUUCAAAGAGCAACUCCAAACAGCGCUUCUAGACGUUGGAAAUGUCCAACGAUGCGAUGGAUUCUCCAAGAAGGAACUUGACCUUAGCAUCUAUGUCACUUGUGACGAGACGCUGGACGCAUCCAACGGCGAUGCCUGCUGCGAGCCUCCAGCACACGGAACUGUCAAAGUGGCAGACACGACUUCCUCCGACGCGGAAGCCCUGACGAAAAAGGUGGCGGAUGAAAAGGUGGAAGUACGGUCUAUUGCAUCGACAGAUCGGAACAACGAUGGGUGUGGGCCGGAUGGAACUUGCUGUUGCAAGAAUGCGGUGGACGAAGACGGGGAAGCAAUUAGAUGCUGUUGCUGCGGGCCUUCAUCGAGCUCCAUCCCUUCCUCGUCGUCAGUUUCGUCAAUCAGCGAGAAAAGCCCCAAGGCAUUAAAGGCAAUGUCAGCUGCAGCGGUACCGCAGCUCAAGUUGAUCGGAGGGCGACCCAAACCUCGUGACAUUAUUCGAAAAGUUUUAGAGGAAGCCGAAGGAGAAAGCGCGGUGGUGGUAUGCGGUCCUCAGGGACUACAGGACGACGUCCGACGCAGUGUCGUGGCGUUGAGUGACGAGCGUGCUGUACACAAAGGUACUGGGGCCCAAGGCAUAUAUCUUCAUGUGGAAGGGUUUUCUUACUAG